UAAAGUACAUAUUAAUGUUAGUUUUUAUAUUGAUAUUUACUGUAUAUAUAUAUAUUUCCUAAAAAAACAUUUACAAACAUUAUUAAUUGAAUUUGAAUUAGUUCGGUGACAAUCUACUAAACCCGUAAUAACCCGAUGGUGGACACAACAUCAAUGGCCAGUUUGUUUGAUUCAAUGUGCCGACAAGUGGCCGACAAUUUGAAAUUGUUGUCCACUCCGGAGUUUAUUCGCCGGCACAAAGAGACCACAGUUGAGAUCAAUGACAACACGUUCAAGAAGUUGACACCAAAAUCGUUUCAAUUGAUUACCUAUCACUUGUUUCAGACGUUGAAUCCGGAAGAAUGUCGCAAACGAUUUAUGGGUUGUUUUCCAGUGUUUGAUCGCAAACAAGAAGGAGAGUUCAGACAAGUGACCUAUAAAUGGUUACAAGAGAUUGCUUUAAAGGAAACAGAUUAUCACUUUCCCAAAGUGGUUGCCGUAUAUUUCCAACACUUUACACCCGAGACCACUCUCUGUCAUCUUUAUCUUGAUUUCUCCAACUAUUGUAUCGCCAAACAGAUCCAACGUAUGAAUAGUGAAGAGUCCGACAUCAACAACAAGUUUAUACCGAAAAAAGAUUUUGCUGUCAAUGAUGUCAAUCAACUGAUGGACGAGUAUUAUGCUGUCAGAGAAGAUAUCAGAGUAGAUACCGCCGAUUGUAUGGAAAAGAUGCGGUAUUUUGUCGAUAAUUAUAAUAAAACAAAACAAGAGUUAAAUUAUUUACAACAACAGAAGACAGAACUAAUAGAUAGUAUUAGCAAACGAUAUGAAUUAAAUGACAAUCAAAUUGUUGACCAGUUUUGUAGUCAACAACUCUUACAAUACAAACACGAAGUCGACUCAUUGACCACAAGAUUACUGUCGAUGAAUGAAUUGUUUAAUAAAAAUUGGGAAAACUAUGUGAAAGCGUUUGAAGUGAAAACCGAUAUUUUUGGCCAAAAAAUGUUAUCAAUUAAUUUGAAUCAAUUGUUUACUAAAUCAUCAUUUGAGACGACAGCUAAUGAAUUGAUAUGUAUUGCCAACAAUGAUAAGUCAUGUCUAGUAAAUGUUUCAAACGAAAAUUUGGACGAAUUUUUAAGACUUUCCGAUAAAUUUCGUCGCAAAGCUGACAACUAUAGUCAACAAUUGAAUGGAUCGACUAAUCAGAUAAAAUCAAUGUUUGAUCAGUUGAAUGGUUUAACAGUUAAACGACGGGCGGCUUUGUUGGCCAAACCGGAGAUUCAGGAAAGACGUAACUGGUUUCGGUCGAGAAUUGUCGAUCUGUCGCAACUGAAUCUACGAUUUGAACCGAAACGUCGACCUAAAGAAUCGUUGGGAUUAAUACCGGAUAUUAUUGGCGAUAAUAUGAGCGAAGACCAGAAGAAUGCGGCCGUCAGUCAAGUCGAUGACAGUAGUAGUAGUAGUAGUAGUAGUCCUGUCUAUCGUUUGAGGCCAUCGUUUAUCAAUGACUACUCAUUUCAGGUGCUGGACAUCAGUACUUGUCGUUACAUUCCUCCGAGUAGUGGUUGUUCACCGGCUAAUGAUUUGCUAAUGUUUUCACCCGUCGAUAAUCGGAAGACAAAAAGUGGUGUUUUCUCGGAUCAGAAUUGAUUUAUGUUUUAAAAAAAAUGAUUUUUAAUAAUAUUUUUUUAUUAUAGAUAUAUUUUAUAG